AUGCUUUAUAAGGAAGAUUUAGGGCUUUUAAUAUUCUAUAAAGGGGAUUUCAUUCCAAGGGAUUUUCCUUCAUCAAUUGUUGAAUUAAAUGGUAAAACAAAAAUUUAAUUUGUUUAUUAGUACCCCACUAAGUUUAAAGAAAGUAUUACUUACAAAGGUCACUGCAAAAUUUUAGAUCGAGAAAUAGUAAAGUUGUCCUACAAGUCUGCACGAUUUCCAAUAAAAUAGCUAUUAAUUUAAUUUACCAAAAAUUCACCAAGAAGUUUUGA